AUCUCAUUGGCGAGAUGGAAGCAGCGAAGAUUGCAAUUUCCUACUUCUAUGAAUCUCAUUCCCUCGUUUCUCUUUCAGGAAGAAGCGGCUGUCAUCAUAGCGUCAUGUGUCGAUUCCUUGGGCAAUUCGAUCAAUCGUUGCCAUUUAGAUCGACGUUCUUGCGAUCUCGAUCCUUCCAGUUUCUAAAUUCGAGUUUCCAUACGGAAAAGCGAGCUCGCUGCGCUAGCUUCGAUCUCUUCAGCGAAGAUGAAGAAGAUGAUGAUGAUCUCUCCAGGGAAAUAAUUCAAGAACUGAAGAAGAUAUGUGAAAGUUAUGAAGAUGAAGAACAAGAAGUCUCCUUCGAUUACGGCAACGAAGAGGCAGAGAUCGGCGAUGUUUUGGAUUCCGGAAGUUUUCGAAAUUCGACAACUUCUGAAAUGGGGAACCCGACGUCACCCACGAUUGCACCAGAACCAUCAGAUCGGCGCUCCAUCAGCGUGAGCAUCACUCCUAGUGUGAGGACGAACUACAACGAUCUCCCACUGUCGUUCUGUAUCUUGAAGCGGACUAGGCAAUGGCAAGAAGGAUUUGCAGAAGCAGGAGAAUCUGCGUACUGCUCUGUGAAUAAGGCCUUCGCUUCCAUGGUUUUCAUAAUCAAUGAGCUAGAGAGAUAUAUGCUCCAAAUGCGGGAAAUCCUCUUCUACGAAGAUCAUCAAGGGAUUUUGGUGAGAGUACAGAAAGAGAUGCACGCUUCGUUCGUGUGGCUAUUCCAGCAGAUCUUCUCUCGCACACCCACUCUCAUGAUCUAUGUCAUGAUCUUGUUAGCGAAUUUCACCGUCUAUUCCAUGCGUAACACCGCUGCAAUCGCUGCGCCGGGGCCACCGCCAGCAACGGAAUCCCCCGAAUCUCUGGUAGAGAAUCAACAGCAACCGACAUCUUCAUCAGUGAAUCAGCACCGUCAGGGUGAGGAGGGGAAGCAGUUGGAUUCGGUGGUAGAGGGAGAUUCUAGAACGAAGGGAGAGAUGUUGGAUCACGAUACAAUGAAGCGGUUCGUAUAUCCUAGACCGCCGGAAGAUGAACCGGAUGGUUCUUCGUAUUUUUUGACAGAGCUGCUGUAUCGGCGUGCCGUAUCGGAGGAGCCCGAUAACGCUCUUUUCCUUUCCAACUACGCGCAGUUCCUCUACCUCGUCCUCCACGACCAUGACACAGCGGAAGAGUACUUCAAGCGUGCGGCACGUGCUGACCCUCCAGAUCCUGAGACACUGAGUAGAUACGGACGAUUCCUGUGGUGGGUUCGGAAUGACAUUGAAGGUGCAGAAGAGAACUUCCUAGGAGCAGCGGAUGCGGCCCCCACCUUACCAUACCAUAGGGCGACGUAUGCCAACUUCCUCUUCCUCACUGGUGCUGAGGACACCUGCGAACCUCCGACCUGAAAUUACCACAGCAGAAACAUACACAUCCUCUUCUCUGCACGAGGAACACGCGCGGAUAUCCCACGCACGGAACAUAGAUGA